AUGGGAGGCGCCAGCCAGAAGAAGAGGAGACUUCUAGCAAAGGUGGUGAUGAACCAGCUGUUGUACGCGUCGCCAAUCUGGGCAGGCUCACUGAGCUUCACGACCAAUGUCGAAACGAUAGAGGGACCCCAAAGGAAAAUAGCCCUAAGAUAUGUGAGGGCAUACCGCACGGUGUCGAAGGCAGCAGCGCUGGUCGUCAGCGGUAUGGUACCAGCACAUCUGUUGGCAAUGGAGCAACAAAAACGCUACAUAAACAGAUGUGAAGGCAUUGAAUUCAACGAGGCGGAAGAGCGGAACGCUACCAUCCGUAAAUGGCAAGAUGAGUGGAAGAACUCAGACAAGGGAAAAUGGACAGUACGGCUAAUACCAGACAUUAAACACUGGCUGCUGAGGAAAUAUGGCAACUGCGACUUCCAUUUAACACAGAUGCUAACCGGUCAUGGUUGCUUUGGCCAAUAUUUGACGAAAUAUAAGAAAAGACAGAGCCCGGAAUGUGUUGACUGCGGUUCAGCGGAAGACAACGCGGAGCAUACGUGA